UUCAAAAUUUGAUCAUAGCAUCAAAAACUGUUGGUCUGCGGUUCUUUGUUGAAUCUCCAAUAAGUUAUCUGAAAGUUCGACCACUCUCGCUCGCUUUUCUUCGAACUGCUUUCAUGGCGGUGGCGCAACCAUCCGCUGCCCGUAAGUCGGUGAAGGCGAAGACGGCUUCAGGCCCGAAGAAGACUAGGGUUCAUCCUCCUUACGUCGAGAUGAUAAAGGAGGCGAUUGUGGCGCUUAAGGAGAGGACUGGUUCGAGCCAUUACGCGAUCGCGAAGUUUAUCGAGGAUAAGCAGAAAGCUAACCUGCCGCCGAAUUUUAAGAAGAUGUUGUUCGUUCAGUUGAAGAAGUUCGUCGCCUCCGGGAAGCUCGUCAAGGUUAAGAACUCGUUCAAGCUCCCCGCCGCCACCAAGGCUCCCGAGGCCAAGGCUCCGGCGAAGAAGAAAGUUGCUGCGAAGCCUAAAGCUGCUACUCCGGUGAAGGCGAAGAAGGUCGCACCGAAGCCGAAGGCGGCAUCGAAGCCGAAGAAGGUGGCGAAGACUGCUACCGUUGUGUCGCCAGGGAAGAAGAAGGUCGGCACUCCAGCAGCGGUGAAGGUGAAGAAGACUCCGGCCAAGGCCGUGAGGAAGCCGAAGAGUAUUAAGUCGCCGGCAAAGAAGAAGGCUCUGGCGAAGAAGGUGAAGAAGUGAGGGCGUUCUGUGGUGUGGUAAUGGUAGGGAUAGGGAUAAGAGUAGAAAUGUAAAUCUGUGAAAAUCUAACUCCUUUUUUUUCUUUUCCCUUAUGGUCAUCUGUGUGAAGAAGUACCAGUUGAUUUGUUUUCUGUUUUUUUCUUCGUCGAUGGAGAUGUGGCGUGAAAUGGGCUUCCAGUUUCAACUGAAAUUGUGUUUGUGCGAGUA